UGCUUCUUUGAGAAAGAGAGAGAGUGAGAGAGAAAAUUUAUCUGACAUUUUGUCGCUGUUGGAAGCAGGUUAUGUUUAUGUGGAAUUUGUGUAAUGCAUAAUGCAUUACAAAUUCUAAAAUAAAAAUGAAAUGGUGACUUUUCAACACUAUUCAUAGAUGAUAUGAGGUUUAUAACAUGUAUUUACUAGAUACACUCUUUACAGUUCUCGUAUACUCGCUAUUUGUCGUCUGUAUAGCUGAUUUGAAUUUGAAAGCUGAAGGUGAACUUGUCAGAAGCCCACGGUAUCUGACAAACCAAUACAGCAAUGUUGUAAAUAUGAGUCAGCCGAUCCUUGGAUCGUUCACAUCCACCAAAAUAGAAGAAGCUUACACUGAAGAUCAAGAUUGGCUUAAAGAUCUUCCUGCAUUGGGCCAAGUGUCUGGUGUGACGGUUGACGCGAAUGGCCUGGUCUACAUCUUCCACCGCGGUGAUCGUGUGUGGGGAUCGCAGACGUUUGAUAACCAAGAGAGGUUACAGGACAAUGAGCGACUGCGUGGACCUAUCGCAAAUUACACCAUUAUAGUCCAUGAUCCUUCAACUAGAACUACUGUGAUAAGAUGGGGCCAAAAUUUAUUCUACAUGCCACAUGGUAUCACAGUCGACAAAGAUGACAAUGUGUGGCUGACCGACGUUGGCCUCCAUCAAGUUUUCAAGUUCAAAGCGUUGAAAUCGAAUCCGAAAAUCGCCGAAUUGUCGCUUGGCGAAUCGUUUGUGCCGGGGAAAGACUCGGCGCACUUUUGCAAGCCAACCUCCACAGCGGUCACCCCGUGGGGCGACUUCUUUGUCGCCGAUGGGUACUGCAAUUCUCGCAUUGUCAAGUUCGAUAAAACUGGAGUCAAACUCAUAGAGUGGGGUCGAUCGGACAACCAACGAAGUGGAAUCAGCAAUCAGCCAUCAGAAUACACUUUUUUAAUCCCGCAUGCGUUGGUGAUAGCCGAAGACAAAGAGGUGGUUUGCACGGCCGACAGAGAGCACGGCAGAGUCGUCUGCUACAACUGGCACAACGGAACUUAUGCUUUCAAAAUGUCUGCCACAUCCGUCAUGGGCCUUCGUCUCUUCAGUGUAUCGUACUCUCCAGUUGAAGGAGGAAUAUUUGCUGUUGUCAAUGGCCCAGAAUUCUACAGCCAAUACCAGUAUCAAGGGCCAAAAGUGGGAGGCUUCGUAUUUUCGGCAAAAAGUGGUAAACUGAUCUUUCGAUUUGGUGGAAGCUUGGUGAACCCCCACGACAUUACAAUAUCACCUGAUGGAAAGACAAUAUAUGCUUGCGAGCUGGGCCCGUACAUUGUACGAAAAUUUAAUAGCAACCAAUUGUUCAGUGCAUUCUUCGCAUCCAAUGCCACCACAACCACGGUGAAGCCAACAAUAGGCAUACACCAAGCUGAAGUUAUGAAAGAAGCGAUUGAGGGAAGCGGCAUUUUGCCAGCUGUGCUGAUUACCGCGUCGGCGCUUGUCUUUGCCGGUGUCUUGCUGGUAGCGGCUCUCAUCUACUCCAAAGCUCGCCGCAGAGGCUGUGGUCGUUGUAAGAGCAAUGGCUGGAUGCUUGGACGUAAUUCUGCCGAGGGAUUCAAACUGGGCCACUUCCUAGGACAACAUCAGGGUUUCCAAAAGGUCAACACUGGAGAUGAAAGUGAAGAGGAUGACGCUGAAGUCACGCCGUUUGCCUGAGCAAAAAUAUUUUGCGAAUAUCAUUACCAUAGAUUAAUUAAUUGAGAAUAAUCAAAUAUCGUUUUGCAAUGCAUGUCGCCUAAAACAUUUGUAUUGAAUCUUGAACCUAGUUAGACGCUCAUAGAUUCACUAUCGAUCACAUUCAGUAUUAAAGAGAAGAAUAUUAGAACUCAAAGUAAAAGGGGAAUCAAAAUAAAGGGAACGUGUAGAAAAUCCAUAUAACAAAAGUGGGGUGGCAAAAAUAAAUUUAUUUAUGGUAAUUGAAACUUGAAAACUUUAAGAAACGCUUAUGACAUUCAUAAAUUUUUGAUAAUUACUUCCUUUAGAUGGCCACCUCCGACACGAAUAUAUUCUUGAAAUCUGUAUUGGAGAUUCUCAUUGAUAGCGUUUUUCCUCUUUGCGAUCUUUUUUCGUGAAGCU